GGUAGGUCAAUUCACAGCUGCACGGUGAAAACCAUUUUAUACAGUCAUGGUGAAAACACGGACCUGCACAUAGGGAGGCUAGUUUUCUGCAGACCAUAUACAUUAUGCAUCUUACGCUUCAAGCCAGUAUGAAACCAUAGUCAGUCUAUGUAUGAAACUCACAGACGCACAUAGACUCACAUGUGCAUCUGCUUAUCGAAUAGUCUUAUCACUGCUCCAGUCCCCAACAUGGAGAUUAUUGUUUUCUGCUGCUAGCCUAUUUCAAACAAGUCUAAAUGUAUGUGGCUUAGGCUGUUGCGUUCUUUUGUGUUGCCCUACUGCCAAGUUUAGGCAUGUACGUGUGUUCAGUGCUUGGGUACAGCUGUGGGCAGCGUUUUACCACCUCAAGGUACAGUGUGGACCGCGAGUCUCCUCUAGUAUUACUUCAAGACUGAGAAGUUUGGGAUUGCGAAUCGAUGCUCAUCAGGCAGUGUAAUGGACGCACGUGUGACGUCACUACAAGGCGCCCGGGGUCCUUACUCUGCAGUCGUCGCUCAGCGUGUGUUCUUCGGUCGGUCGACCUAUCUUGUCUUUUCAGUCUCUUGUCUGUCAUCAUGUCACGCUGCCUCUCGCUGGCCCGGUUCGUCCUCGGUUCCUCUCAGAGGGCCAGCCCACGGUUUGCAGUGUGUGCACGGGGCCUGAGCACCCGGACUGCCGCACGCCCCCUCGCUGGAGGCUUGCUGGUCGGACAGCAGCAGAAAUGGAGCAGUUCGCCCAGAGUGUGGACCUCCCAGAGAUCUUUGCUCGACUUCAGCCAGCAGUCUUCUUACAGCACCCAGGAGGCAGAGAAGGAGCCUGAGGAGGAGCCUCUUCACACCAUCAUCAGCGAUACAGAGUCUGUACAAGGUGACUUCUCCAAACAUGAGUUUCAGGCUGAAACGAAAAAACUGCUGGACAUCGUCGCCAGGUCUUUGUACUCGGAAAAAGAGGUGUUCAUCAGGGAGCUGAUUUCAAACGGCAGUGACGCUCUUGAAAAACUCCGCCACAAACUUGUAGCAGCAGGUGGGGAAACGGCCCAGAUGGAGAUCCACCUGCAGACGGAUGGUGCCAAGGGCAUCUUCACCAUUCAGGACACAGGAGUCGGGAUGAACCAGGAGGAACUUGUAGCCAACCUGGGGACUAUCGCUCGCUCUGGGUCCAAGGCAUUUUUGGAUGCCCUGCAGAACCAGGCUGAGGCCAGCAGCACCAUCAUUGGCCAGUUCGGGGUUGGAUUCUACUCUGCUUUCAUGGUGGCUGACCGUGUUGACGUCUACUCCCGGUCUGCAGAGCCUGAUGCACCCGGAUACAAGUGGUCCUCAGACGGCUCUGGGGUUUUUGAAAUCGCUGAAGCAAGCGGGGUUCAACAAGGAACAAAGAUCGUGAUGCACCUGAAAGACGACUGCAAGGAGUUUGCCUCUGAGGACCGAGUCAAAGAGGUUGUUACAAAGUACAGCAACUUUGUCAGCUUUCCCAUCUUCCUGAAUGGACGGAGGCUCAACACUCUGCAGGCCUUGUGGAUGAUGGAGCCUAAGGAGAUCAGUGACUGGCAGCAUGAGGAGUUCUACCGAUACGUGGCCCAGUCCUACGACAGGCCCCGCUACACCCUGCACUACCGUGCAGAUGCCCCAGUCAACAUCCGGAGCAUCUUUUAUGUCCCUGAGGCGAAGCCAAGCAUGUUUGACGUGAGCAGGGAGAUGGGAUCCAGCGUGGCUCUGUUCAGUCGGAAAGUCUUGAUCCAGACCAAAGCCACUGACAUUCUACCAAAGUGGCUGCGCUUCCUUCGAGGUGUUGUGGACAGCGAGGACAUCCCCCUAAAUCUGAGCCGAGAGCUGCUGCAGGAGAGCGCCCUCAUCAGGAAGCUGCGUGAUGUUCUGCAACAGAGGGUGAUCCGCUUCCUGCUGGACCAGAGCAAGAAGGAGCCGGAGAAGUACAGCAAGUUCUUUGAGGACUACGGCCUCUUCAUGAGGGAGGGCAUCGUCACCACCCAGGAACAAGACGUCAAGGAGGACAUCGCAAAGCUGUUGAGGUAUGAGUCCUCUGCUCUGCCAGCGGGACAGCAGACCAACCUGAUGGAGUACUCCUCCCGCAUGAAGGCGGGAACACGCAACAUCUAUUACCUGUGUGCCCCGAACCGGCAUCUGGCAGAGCACUCCCCGUACUAUGAGGCCAUGAAGCAGAAAGACAUGGAGGUGCUGUUCUGCUACGAGCAGUUCGAUGAGCUCACUCUGCUGCACCUGCGAGAGUUUGACAAGAAGAAGAUGAUCUCAGUGGAGACGGACAUCGUGGUCGAUCACUACAAGGAGGAGAAAUUUGAGGACAGCAAGCCGGCAUCCGAGCGUCUGACGCAGGAGCAGGCUGAUGAUCUCAUGUCCUGGAUGAAGAACGCUCUGGGUCCCCGGGUUACCAACAUUAAGCUGACUCCUCGACUGGACACCCACCCUGCCAUGAUCACAGUUCUGGAGAUGGGUGCUGCGCGUCACUUCCUCCGCACCCAGCAGCUGGCUCGCACCCCCGAAGAGAGAGCGCAGAUACUGCAGCCCACUCUGGAGAUCAACGCAGGACAUGAUCUGGUCAAGAAGCUGCAUAUGCUCAAAGACUCAAACUCAGACUUGGCUGGGCUGCUGCUGGAACAGAUCUAUGACAACGCCAUGAUCACAGCAGGCCUCAACGAUGAUCCCCGACCAAUGAUCUCCCGCCUCAAUGAUCUGCUGACUAAAGCUCUGGAGAAGCACUGAGAGCUCUCAACAUGAACAGACUGUGUGUUUGGGUGACAGUGACCUGUAGACUGAAGGUCCUGCAAAGAAAACGGCUAUUUCUGAAAAGAAUGACAGACCUCUGUUCAUCUGAAGCCAUGAAAUCACACCUCUUUCCCUUCAUCCUGUUUGGAGAGCACAAAAAGGCUUAAAAAGCUAAGGAGCUAAGAUGGACUGCUGACAGCUUACAUGUCUUUAUUCUCUGUGUUCAGCUGCGUUUCAAACUGUUAUAAUAUUAAGAAGUUAGGUGCCAAACAGGGUGGUCAUGAGAACACCUCAGUUUGACACUUCCCAUGUUACAGUGAGAUUUUUCUGGAAUGAUCUUGCUAUUAUGACCAGAUAUUACAAAAGUAGGCCUGAUAAUAUCUACGUCUAGAGCGAUCUAUAUUUAAAGAAGCCUGAAACCGUGUGGAGAUGACGCAGAAGAGCAAGGAAGAUGCAUUACAAAGUUAAUCUGCCCAGCAGCUUGGAAGCAAAACAAUCACUUUAAAAUCUCCUUCAAAAAAAUGUAUAGGAAAAACUAAAAUGUUCUAAUAAUUGAAGAUUUCAUGAUAUCCAAACAGCUGAAUAGAGCUGUGAACUUUUUACACUGUUUUCUUUAUGUUCGUACGUGCCCUUGAAAGAUUGUUGUUGUUUUUCCACAUCAUUUUAUUUUUUUGCUCAAUUUUGAAGUCUUGAAAAAGUGGAUCCCUGAAAUGUGGGAAUAUUUUGUGUAAUGAAAUAUUUUCUGAACUGUGUGAAAUGGAAACAUGGAUGCUCAUCAGGUGUGAUUGCAGAGGAGAGCUUAAUGUAAAAUGGAUAAAUAUAUACUGUAUAAUUAUGGAUGGAGCUGUUUGUUGUGUGCAUUAAAAUAAUAGACAAAGA